CGCAGUCCUGCUUCCUGUCUUGUUCUUUUGUCUGUUAGGGAAAUAAACAUAAUUUAGUGCAAAGAAUUUGUGGUUGGCCUGUAAACACGAAAAAACCACAGCAGCUCAGAAGACUCAUAUGAUGCGCUGCACUUUUCACGCCUUUAUUUUUUUAUUUUUUGCACAGCUGAAUCACAAAAAUAAAUCUCACAAGUCUAGUAGUACGUCAUUUUUUCUCACUUCUUUUUUUAAAAAUGUGCGCAUUUCGUUUUUUCUCAUGGCUUUGCUAAAAGGAACUGAUUGUGCAUAUAUGAGAAAAGAUUAUUUAUUCCCACGACAAAAUAUCCCAUGCCAAACAUUUGUGUUACAAUUCUCAAUUGUAGGUACUUGAGGAAAAACAGCUUUUUUAAGAGCUUAGAAAGUAAAAGACCCAGUAAUAACAGAUGAAUCAAAUCCCUCCAACUAUCUAUAUUAACAUGUUAUUAUUAGAACUGGAAGUUUAAGAAAAUGUGCCUCUUUGUGAUUAAUUUAAAUGUUUAAGGAAAUAGAGAAAGAGAGAGAGAGAAAGAGAGAGAGCCUGUUAUUGCAGUUUGUGGUUUCUAAUCAUGUGACAUGCUAGUUUUUCUCUACUUUGCCCAUCACUUGUGCACAGAUGGCAAGCCGCACAGAGAUGGCACUCUCUCACGUUACAGUGAGCUCCACAAGCGAUGGCUAUAGUCAUUACUUUUCAAUGAAUUCCACCGAUGACUACGACUAUUACAUCCACGUCGAGAACAAUUCAGAAUUGCUGGACAUGUCCAGAAUCUACAUUCCUGUGCUGUACUUCAUCAUGUUCUUCACUGGCUUCUUGGGGAAUCUGUUCGUCAUUGUGGUCAUCGGCCAGCGGCAUAAGAAAAAUGGACGUCUUGUGGACACCUUUGUGAUAAACCUGGCUGUGGCCGACUUUGUGUUUGUUGUCACAUUGCCACUGUGGGCGAUUUCAGCCCAUUUUGGUGAGUGGAGCUUCGGUGAGGCCAUGUGCAAGAUCAGCAGCUUCGUCAUUGCGGUCAACCGCUUCUCCAACAUCUUCUUUCUCACCUGCAUGAGUAUAGAUCGAUACCUGGCUGUCGUGCGCCUCAUGGACUCCAAGUUUCUACGAAGCAGCAACUGUGCGCAGAUCACCUGUGGAGUCGUGUGGAUCAUUUCUUUCUUCCUGGGAAUCCCAUCAUUGGUGUACCGUCGACUAACAGACAAUACGUGUUCGGAGGACUCAAAAUCCUCAUUUGUCCAAGGAAUGAAUCUCCUGACCAUAUUUCUAACCUUUGUGCUACCCGUACUGAUUCUCUGCCUCUGUUAUGGGUCUAUUCUGGUUAACCUGCGGCGUCAUUGUCACACUGCCGGAAACUCACGUGCAGAAGCAAGACGCCGACACUCGCUCAAGAUCGUGUUUGCCAUAAUUGCGGCUUUUCUUAUCUCUUGGCUACCGUUUAAUUUGUUUAAGUCAAUACAGGUCUUCUUACUUAUGAGCAGGGGAGAUAUUAGUGGGGAAACACAUGUGAUCAUAGUUAAUGGACUCAUGCUGUCCUGCUGCCUGGCAUUUCUCAACAGUUGUGUAAAUCCAGCCAUCUAUUUCUUUUUGGAUCAGCAUUUCAGGCGCAGAGCUUCGAACCUGUGUCUGAGCUGUCUGGGUCAAGGAGAUGUGCAUCAGAGCUUCAUCUCCUCUAAUUCUCUGUCUAACGGCACGUCUGAGACUUAUUCUGGAAAUACAUCGACCCGCAGCCGGCUUUUCUCUCUUACUCUGAAGGAGUGAAAUCUGUUUUUCAGUUUGCUGUUUUUAGAAUGCUCUUUCUUUAUCAGUAAUUUCUAAAGAAUAAAAAGCAGAUAUUAAGAUCUCUGAAGCCAUAGCGAAAAAUAGAUAUUUAUUAAUUACUUUGAGCUUUUAAUAUCAGUGUUAAUAACAGUAAUAUCAGUAUAUUGAAUAUAUUUGUUUAAUUUCCUACAUAAAAAUAAUUAUGAACAUAGUUACUCUUCAUUUAGUUAUGCUUACACAGUGAUAUUCAUAAUCUAUACAUUAAUCUAUUUAGCAAUUUAAUUGUGAAUAUUCAUGAUUGCUUGUUUAUUCUCUUUCUACAUGCAACUUCAAAAUAAUGAAUUCUUUAUUAUAUUUACUUGUCUAUAAAUGCUAAGCAAUUAAAAAGUGCAUAUAUUUUUGCGUUUUUUAUUAAUAUAUUCACCAUUAAUUAAAAUGAAUUGCAAGCAAAGAACAUUUCUAUACAUAUUUUAAGUCAUUUUUAAUCAUCUCGACUGCAUCAUCUGCAUUGUUAUUAUAUGAUAAUGACAUUUGUGAAUAUUGACCAUUUAUUUUGUUUAUACUAUUUCUAUAUACAACUUUCAAAUAAAUGGCUUCUUUUUUAUAUUAGUAUAUGCUUGCUUUGUAAUAAAAUUAUUUACAGUUAUCAAAGUCUGUUUCAAUUUGAUUAAGAAUGUUGUAGCAAUAUACAAAAGUCAUCGUAUGCAAACUGUUAAAUUGAAAUAGUUUUGAGACAUUUUAGCAGCAUUUAUCUCUUAUUACACAGCAAAAAUCACCUACCGCUCUUCGGAGUGUUUUGAUUUAGCGUCAGACUUCGGAAUCAUGGCAAU